CGACCGAUUUGCAAAGCACACCUCUCCAUAUUAAGAGCCUUGUCCCCACUAUGGGAGUUUUCAGACUUAUAUAUAUACAAUGAGAGAGGAAAUUUUCUCUCUGGUACAAUGUACGCGAUAUAUGACCGUAGCGUAUACUGUAUAUGACUGUUUAAUUAGUGUAAUUGACAGAUUGUCAAAUCUAAUCUCAUCUUUAAGGAAAUAUUAAUGAAGUAAUCUGUAAAUCAAUUAAUCGUACUAGUGACAGUUAAAUAUUUGAUUAUUUUGUAUAUGAUAUACAAACGAUCAUGUCUAAUGCAUCACAAAUGUCUAACGAACCUUAUCGUGAAUUAGGAGAAUUACGUGGUUCAGAAUUGAAUGUUAAUUCAGGAAAUGUGUCAAGAUGUAGUAGAAAUUUUGGAAAUUGUAUUGAACGCUCUUUGGAACUUUCUUCUGUAGUAGUUAUUCCAGAUGAUACAUUUACUGUUGUUCAAGCUAUCAAUGCAUUAGGAUUUGGAAAGUUUCAAGUUAAAUUAUCUUUAUUUACCGGUCUCUGUUGGAUGGUAGAUAGUAUGGAAAUAACAAUAUUAAGCAUUUUAAGUCCAUCCUUACAUUGUGAUUGGGGUAUAACUAGAUAUCAACAAGCUUUAACAACCACGGUUGUUUUCCUUGGUAUGAUGUUAAGUUCUACGUUUUGGAGUAAUUUAAGUGAUAGAUAUGGUAGUAAACAAUCUUUAACUUUAUGUGCAAUAUUGCUACUUUAUUAUGCUCUUUUAAGUGCUUUUGCACCAAAUUUUCUGUGGAUUUUAUUACUUAGGGGAUUAGUUGGUUUUGCUAUUGGUUGUGUACCACAAUCAGUAACAUUGUAUGCAGAAUUUCUUCCUGCAAAACAAAGAGCAAAAUGUGUCAUUUUGUUAGAUUGUUUUUGGGCCCUUGGAGCCUGUUUUGAAGUGGCAAUAGCAUUGGUAAUAAUGCCAACUUUUGGUUGGAGAUGGCUUCUCAUUUUAUCAACAAUACCACUUCUUGUAUUUGCUAUUAUUACUCCAUGGUUACCAGAGUCUACAGUAUUUGAUAUAACAAGCGGAAGAAUGGAUAAAGCUGUUUCAACUUUAGAACGAGUAGCAAGAGAAAAUAAAAAACCUUUACCUCCAGGAAGAUUAGUUAUGGAUCGCUUUUAUCAAAUUAAUCAUGGCAAAUUGAAAGAUGUAUUAAGCAAGGAAAUGUGUAGGACAUCUACUUUGCUUUGGCUUGUAUGGAUGAGUACAGCAUUUUGUUAUUAUGGUGUUGUAUUAAUGACUACAGAAUUAUUUCAUACAUCAUCUGAACAAUGUAGUUUGUGGGAAAACAAAAAGGAAGAUACUUGUCAAUUAGAUUGUCGUUUAGAAAGGAGUGAUUACAUCGAUCUUCUUUGGACAACGUUAGCUGAAUUUCCAGGAAUUUUUUCCACUAUUUUUGCGAUUGAAAAAAUUGGUAGAAGAAAGACAAUGGCCUUCCAAUUAAUAAUGUUUGCUAUGUUAAUCUGUUUCUUAGGUAGAGCUUGUCUAUUAAACAGAGCAGCAUUAACACUAGCAAUUUUUCUAGCGAGAGGUUUAAUUGCCGGUGUGUUUCAAGCUGCAUAUGUGUACACUCCAGAAGUGUAUCCGAGUCAUCUACGUAGUAUCGGUGUUAGUACUUGUAGUGCAAUGGCUAGAAUUGGUGCAAUGGUUACACCAUAUAUAGCACAAGUAUUUCUUCAAUGGUCUAUUACUGGAGCAAUGGCAAUUUAUGCCGCAACAGCAUUAUGUGCUGCAAUAGCUACUCUUGCUUUACCUGUUGAAACGAAAAAUCAUACAUCUAAUGACACAACUCAAGAGACGCGAUAAAGUUUCAACUUUUUUUCAUUUUUCUUUUUUUUACUACUGAAAUAUUUAAAGGGGGAAAAUAUAUUUUCAUCAACAUUACAACAUUCUGUCAUAGUUGUUAAAUUAACAGUUUUCCAUUGAUGAAAAACAAAUUCGUUUCUAUUUAUUGGAUAUUCUUUUAUUUUGUUUUUACAACUGUUAUAAUUACAUAUAUGCAUAAUUAGUAUUACUUUUUGUUCCUGACUAAUUUUGUUUUAUAAAUUACUUGAAUGAAUAGGAUACACUAUACAUCAUAAGUUAUUUAACAUAUGUGUAUUUACUUUUCUGUAACAUUUUAGACAAUGAUAGUAAGUUUUAAACAUAUAAGAAAUAUACAAAGACUGAUAUAUAAAAUAUUAAAUAUUAAUAUAUAACAGAAGUGCCAAAAUGCACAAACGUGCAGGAUUAAUGUACACAAAAUAAACCAUAACUUUUGUUAUCUGUUUUA